AGGACAUUGACAGCUGCGUCAGCCAAUGAGAAGGCGCGGGGCGGGGGCUCCACCAAUGGGCGCGGCGCGGGGGCGGGUGGUGCCGGGGGCAGCCAUGCUGCACCGCUCGCUGUGGCUGUGGCUCUGCCUCUGCCUCUGCUGCUGCCCGGGCUCUGGUUUACGCCUCCAUGAGUAUCUGUAUUUCCAAGUGCUGAGCCCUGGGGACAUCCGCUAUAUCUUCACUGCAACUCCAGCCAAGGACUUCGGUGGCGUGUUUAACACAAGGUACGAACAGAUUCACCUGGUCCCAGCUGAUCCCCCCGAAGCCUGUGGAGAGCUGAAUAAUGGUGUCUUCAUCCAGGACCAGAUUGCUUUGGUGGAGAGGGGGGGUUGCUCCUUCCUGUCCAAGACGCGGGUGAUCCAGGAGCACGGCGGGCGGGCGGUCAUCAUCGCGGAUAACGCCUAUGAGAACGACAGCUUCUACAUCGAGAUGAUCCAGGACAGCACCAGGCGCACGGCCGACAUCCCAGCGCUCUUCCUGCUGGGCAGGGAUGGGUACAUGAUCAGACGCUCUCUGGAGCAACAUGGACUUCCCUGGGCUGUCAUCUCCAUUCCUGUCAACGUCACCAGCAUCCCCACGUACGAGAUGAUGCAGCCCCCUUGGACCUUCUGGUAGCUGCAGAGGCUGUGGCAGAUCGAGGACUUGAUGGAUCUCAGGAGCUUGUCCUAGUGAUGGGGGUUGAGGAAAGGCUCUCCAUGUGCUCCAGAGAUCCCAGCAUGCUCCAGAGAUUCUCCCAGUGGAUUCAGCAGCAGGGAGAUGGUUCUGCUGCGAAGGGCAAGCACGAGGACCUGUGGUGGGGGCCUUGAACCCAGCACUGAGCACCCUUUGUAGUGACUUUGGGGUGGGAGCCCAGAGCAGGGCAGC